GGAAACAUGGAGAGAGGUAAACUGUCGCAGAGGAACAAAUGACGUUCCUGAUGGGGCGAUCGUCAUCCUCGCCGAGGCCUUUUCCCCGCCAACGCAAUUCAACUAGCAACGACUCACCAGUCACCACCAAACCUCCCCUCCCCUCCCCUCCCAAUCCCUCAAUUCUCUUGAUGGUGCGUGGUGCAGGCUUCGAUGUCGGCAGAUCUGUUCGCAGAGUUCGGAAAUGGGCCAUCCACUAGGCAGCCUUCAAAUGCUGCCCGCCAGCAAGCGCCCGCACCUCAGGCGGGCUCUCUAAUCGACGGUCUCGAUGCAUUCGAAAAUGCUACACUCGCCCAAUCUACUCCUCGCCAUCUCAGCGAGCCCGCGCCUCUAUCUGGAACUCGCAAGCACUCGAUACAAUAUGAUGACUUUGGAGAGUUUGAACUACCGCAGGCUGGUAACAACAACGAUGUGCUUUUCGAUGCCGCGCUCGAGAGAUUUUCAGACGAUGGCAGUGAUGAUUGGGGUGAGUUUGAAACUGCAGAGCCCUCAGUAGGCCAUAUCAAUCAAUACCAUGCCGAAAAGCCCGCCGAGAGGCAGAAGACCAUAAAUAAGCCGGCGGCCAGCGCUUUACAAAGUACUCGAUCACCGUCGGGACCUUCGGGGUCGGUGGAUCUAUUAGACUCAUUGGACUCGCUUUCAUUCCAAAAUAAGCCGGCAGCUAGUUAUCAUCAUUCCUCAGAUAUACUGGUCGAUGAUAGCCCAGCAACGAAGGUUGGCCGCAUACAAAAUGCAAAACCGAAACUCCCCGUGCAAGAAGAGCCGCUCGAGGAAUGGGGUGAUUUUACAGAUGGACCGAUAGAGGCCACCCAAAGUUCUAACUCAAAGGUUGCGGACCACCAAGGAGUGCCCAGACAAGAGGAAGACUCGCCGCAAACGUUGAAGCCUACUGCAAAACCAGAAGCAACCAAAAUGCCCAAAUCAAUGGCACAGUCUCCUCCUGCUGGCCAUGUGCGUCCCACAAAUAUCCCCCCUCCGUCAAUCUUACUAGAGUUGUUCCCUCAACUUUUUGAGCGCCUACGACAGGAUGGUGCGGAGGCAAAGAGGAAUUUGCAACAAAGGGAAAUUCUCGAAUCAGUUUCUCUAUCCAUCAUUAACACUCUAAAAACCAUCGCAAGAGUUAUCGCGGGCCGUACUUUGCGAUGGAAAAGGGAUGCGAUUUUGAGUCAGAGCAUGCGAAUCGGUCCUGCACGCUCAGGCAAGACAGGAGGGAUGAAACUGAGUACCGUGAAUAAGAACGAGGAUAUUAAAGAGCAACAAGAGACCGUCGAUGUCAUAAAUAUGUGGCGAGAUCGUGCUGCACUAUUUAACUCCGUUAUUCAGGCCGCAGGGAAGCGUCCGGUGCAAGUUGUUCUCGAGAACACCCGCGUAACAACCGCCAUGGCCAGUCAGGGAGCUAUAAAAGCCCCGCACGCAUGCGCGCUUUGUGGAUUGAAGCGAGACGAAAGAAUACCCAAGAUCGACGAAAAUGUAGAGGACAGCUUCGGUGAGUGGUGGACGGAGCAUUGGGGCCACACUGAGUGCAGACAAUUCUGGGAGGACAAUAUGGGCCUCCUUGGACAACGAUGAGACUGCCAUCGUGGUAAUCCGCUUGACAUGUUCGGCAUUUGUUCAUGUCAGGCGGCUUACCUUGAGGUUGCACGAUCCAAAAGGCAUCAUCCGCCAAAUUUGUGACACGACAUACAAUACCUACAGGCCCUCUUCCACUUCAUGGAAGCGACAUAUUCAGGGUUUAUAUCGUGACGGCAUGCGGAGUUCCAUUCAGCUCUAUGAGCUACGUCAUGGUGUAGCUACUUGUCGUAUGCCUAAUCGGCGAUAACAGAUAAGCAAUCGGCACUCCCGGCUCGGAUGGCAGAGAAUAGAUUGGAGAAAUAGUCACCAUAGUAGUUGGCAGAAAGGCAUACUCCAUAGCUUUUACAAUACUAGAGGAUUGAACAUGUCCAG